UAGUAAUAAUAUUACGUAACACAGAAAAUAUUCUAUGUUAUGAAUGAGUAAUUCUAUUUUACUUAAUUGUUACUGUUUAAUACUUGCUAAAAAAGGUUUUUUUUGUGAAACUAAUGUGAAAAGCUGAAAGAGUAGACUAUUCACAGUUCUGAUUGUUGUAACUCGACAAGGUCAAGAGAUGCUAGAUAAACUUUGCAGACAUUCGCUUCGUAAUCUUUUGUGGGUAUAUCACAACAGAAAUUUUCAGUUGAUGAGAACAUUUGGCCAAGUAUCAGUUGGACCUCAUGCCUUGUAUAGUAAAGGCUCACACAGCACUGAGAAGAGAAACCCAUGGGAGUGGCAACAACCUGAAGGCUGGGAUACUGGUAUUCAAGUUUAUAAUAGCAUUGCACACAAAAAAGUUCCUUUUAUUUUGAGAAAUCGGCGAUUAGUCACCUGGUACAUGUGUGGACCAACAGUUUAUGAUGAAUCGCACAUUGGACAUGCCUGGUGCUAUAUUCAAUUUGACAUAAUUCGAAGAAUUCUCGAGGACUUUUUUAACAUUGAUGUUGUUACAGUUAUUGGAAUAACUGAUAUUGAUGACAAGAUCAUUACAAGAGCAAGGGAGUCCAAUGUUACUAUUGAACACAUAACAAAAUUUUACGAGCAAGAAUUUUUUCAUGACAUGGAGAACCUGAAAGUGAAACCUCCUUCAGUUAUAACUCGUGUCACACAACACGUUCCACGUGUCUUGGAGUUUUGUCAGAAGCUAAUUGAUAAUGGAAGUGCAUAUGUAACAAAAAGUGGAACAGUCUAUUUUGAUGUAAAGAAAUUUGGAAACUAUGGAAAAUUUUCAAGCAUUGAAAGUAACGAUGACCAAGAGACUAGAAACGUUGAAAAACGGAACUCUCAGGACUUCACUUUGUGGAAAGCUUACAAAGCUGGUGAACCUUGGUGGAGCAGUCCUUGGGGCAAAGGAAGACCAGGAUGGCAUAUUGAAUGUUCGGCAAUGGCUAGUCACAUAUUUGGAAGUAACCUGGAUGUCCAUUCAGGUGGAAAGGAUUUAGUCUUUCCCCACCACGAGAAUGAGGAAGCCCAAUCUGAGGCAUUUCAUGAUACAUGUCUUUGGGCCAAUUAUUGGUUACAUACAGGUCAUCUUUACCUAAAAGAUGGUGUAAAAAUGUCUAAGUCACUGAAAAAUACUGUCAGCGUGAAGGAAUUUUUGGAAGACAAUACAGCAAAUGAGUUUAGGAUUUGUUGUCUGAUACUUCCUUAUAGUCAUGACAUUGCAUACACUGAUAAUCUUCUGGAAGAAGCCAAAGCUACAAAUAAGAAGUUAAUGUCAUUCACAGCAGAUGCAGAAGCUUAUCUAGAUGGACAUUUAAGUGCUGGUCCUUUUAACGAACCAUUGUUAUUAAAAUGUCUUUCAGAAACGAGAAAAGAAGUGAAAGAAGCUUUAGAAGAUGACUUUAACACUACUAAAGUUCUAAAUUCCAUUUUGAACUUAGUAAGUGAAACAAACAAAGACUUGCAGAAAGUUCCAAAAAGCCCAGUUCCUUGUAGUGCAGGAGCUGUUGGAGCAUGUUUAUCGUAUGUUACCAAGACAUUGAAGAUUUUCGGGGUAGAAUAUCCAAGUAAGAAGGCCUGCAUCACCUCUAAAGGACAUGAUACAGGUACUCUUGUCAGAGUUAUGGAUUCACUUGUUAAAUUUCGGAGUCAAGUGAGGGUGUAUGCUUUAACAAUGGGACCUAGUGCUCAAGCACAAUAUCAAAUUGAUGACCCAAAGCACAAAUUGGAGCAGGACAAAGAAGCUUCUCAGACUACCUCGGAAGGUCUCCCAGUGCCUCCCAUACAGCCCCCUUUACAUAAAGGGGACAUCACCUGGACAACAACAUCCAGUCUGGAUCCCAAGGAAAGGCAAAAGUUGCAGAAAAAGGAGAGGGAACCUCUUGUAAAGGCAUGUGAUGUAAUACGAGACGAGCUGUACAUAGCAGGAAUCCAGGUCAAAGACAGAGGGAGGGACUCUUCCUGGUCAUUGUUGGGCAACAACUCUAUACGUGCCAGAAGAACUAACCUUGGAAACUAUGAUCCAUUUGAACCUGAAUAUCAACCAAAACCAAAGAAGUAACACUUCCAGACUUGAACCUAGAGAAUGAUGGAGAACUUCAGUGGUGAUGACUUAGGUUAGACGAGAGAUGUAGAGUUUUUAUUCUGUGAACUGUAGUGAACGUAUGUCUUCUUAUGAUCGUAAUGGCAGUUCUUAUGUUUAUGGAACAAGAUUAUAGCAGCACUGUUAGUGAAAGAAAGAAUUGCAAGCGUCAUUUUAACCAGUGUGUUUUCCUGUGGGUUCUUAGCUUUGUGUGAUACAGGAAGUUGAACUAGUGUACCUGAAUGUUGAAAGUGGUUAUUACUUAUUAAAACGUUUCAGAAGAUAGCUAAUUGGUUUAGAUACUGUCAUCUUUUAUCCAGGGAUGAACUCUUUCAAAUAAUUAAAAAUUAGAAACAUAUAAAAAUGGGAUUGAAAAAAUCAUAAAGUGAAAUAUUUUUAGCUGUUUUUUAUUAUCAAAAUGUGUGGGAUACUUACAGUAUCUAUAUUAAAAAAACAAAGCAGUUGAGCUAGUUGUUAACUGGGUUGUGAUUUUUGUUUUGGAGAAUACAGACUAUAACACAUAUAUCUUUGUGAUCCAGUAACUGUUAUUAAAGAUUACACCCAUCCUACUGGUACUGCAUCAAACUGGUUAACUGGGUUGUGAUUUUUGUUUUGGAGAAUACAGAUUAUAACACAUACACCUUUGUGAUCCAGUAACUGUUAUUAAAGAUUACACCCAUCUACUGGUACUGCAUUAAACUGGUUAACUGGGUUGUGAUUUUUGUUUUGGAGAAUACAGAUUAUAACACAUACACCUUUGUGAUCCAGUAAUUGCAGCUAAAGAUUACACCCAUCCUACUGGUACUGCACCAAACUGGACCUUUGAUGUUAAAUUUAAAGAAACUUCUUUCUGUUGAUAUCUGCACCUGUAUCAGAGUGAUAUAGAUACUGCUGUUUAUAACAUCUCUUUAAUUUGUUGGAUGAGCUCAUUUGAUAGUCUUUUGGAGGUGACGUGUUGUAUCCUAUGGGGAUGACUCGACUGUUCUGAGCAUGUCACAACAAUUUGCAGCUACUUUCAUCAUUUAAUAUAACAGCUUUAUUAUUAAUGAUACAAUUAACAUCAGAAUAUAGUUUAUAAUUCAAAUCUUCAUUUUUGUUGUCAUGUAACAUAAGAACACUUUCAAUGUGCUUCUUUUAGAAAGUAUAACUCCAAAAUCCCAACACGUACACUGUCUGUCAUAUUUUACACAUAAUAUUUAUACAAUUCCAAGGUCCACUGUUAUAGUGUGAAUUUACUAAUGUCUCCAUUUACUUAGAUAUAAUUAAUUUUUUUCAACCAUCUAGCCUUAUCUUUCAAGGCUGUUUUCAAAACCACAUUAUCUUUGUUGACAUAUUUAUUUAUAACCAAUAGAAAUAGCUUAUUUUAAAUUACCAGCUUCCAACAGCCCUUUAAAAAUUGAGGCAAUAUACGAUAACAAGAUGUCUUUAUUCUGUAACUAGGUGAUAAGAUAAUGUGGCACUUGUUGCAUUUAACAAUUUUAUAAGAUAGUUAUAUAUUACUUAGAAGGACAGUUAAAUUGAAGUUAUUUUGGGCCAUUCUAUUUUAGUGAUGUAUGUAUUAUUUGUUUUACAAUGCAUAUUUCAAAGGUAAAUUUUUUUUUUUCUAAAGAGACUAAGAGAAAAAGAUUUUAGGCUUAGAUAACAAUAAGUACAUGAAUUCAAACCUUCUCGUAAUGUUCCCAGGCAUCAGAAAACCGAAUGUCAUAUAAGCCAGGUAAUAAAACUGUAAGAUUAAAAAUGAACUAUAUGAAAAUUUAAAUUAUUGAAAGAAGUAAAAGGUAGGUUUGUUUUAUUUUAUAAUUUUCAAAAUGUUACUUCAGUUUCACUGUAUGUCGAUGAUUUAAUUAGUGUUAGAUAGAGAAAAUAAGAAAUAAAAUACAAACCUUUAACUUAAAAAUUUUAUAUUCAUUUAAGAGGUUCUGGAGGUUAUGCAAAUUAACUAUAAGAACUGUAAGAUGGAAAGAAAUAUUCUUAUUCUUAGUAAUGAAAACCACCUUGCACUCAGACCAGUCAGAGUCUGAGUUAGAUUGACUUUGUAAAUGUACAGACAAUAUUUUAUUUGAAAUAUUCCAUAUCAAAUAUGAUUUUUUCUGUACUUAUAAUGUAUACUUAAAGUAAAAACUUUACCAAAGUCAUUGAAGACACACUUAGUUAAUUUGUAAUAAUUGUAAACAUUACUAUGAUAGCUUCACAGGAACAGGGUUUGGUGUCCACCCUUACUGUCCUAAUAAAGUUAAUUUGUUGGAUGAGUUCUCAUGAUACUCCUUCUGUUGGUGUUUUAACCACUGUUUUAUUUAAAAUAUAUCUUUAAUUUGUUGGAUGAGUUCUCAUGAUACUCCUUCUGUAGGUGUUUUAACCACUGUUUUAUUUAAAAUAUAUCUUUAAUUUGUUGGAUGAGUUCUCAUGAUACUCCUUCUGUAGGUGUUUUAACCACUGUUUUAUUUAAAAUAUAUCUUUAA